AUGGAUGACUGGGAAAAAUAUUUCUGCAUAUUAAAUUCGAUAAAUGAUGGAGAAACGCAAAAAGCAAUGGACAUAAUAGACGAAUUUGGUUUCUCAUCUUGUCCACUAUCGGAUGAUGGGUAUCAACUACUUACUGCUGCCGUUGAAAAAGAUAAAGUAGAAAUGGUGGCAUAUUUAUUGCGGAAAAAUGCGAAAGUUAACAGCGAUCGUGAUGUCCAGUCACCUCUUCAGAUAGCCGCCAAGAACAACAACACGACAAUUUUCAAAAUUCUUCUGGAACACGGAGCUAAAAUACAUUAUUACAAUAUUCAUAACGAUAACUCACCAAUUGAGCUAGCAGUUGAUUACAACAAUAUUGAGAUCGCAAGACUUAUUGUUGAGCAGAAAAAUUUUGGAUUAAAAUGUGAUCAGUCGUUACUGCAUACAGCUGUCAAGUAUACCACCUUGGAAAUGGUCUCAUUAUUAUUACAAAUUGGUGCGGAUGUCAAUGAAUAUGAUGACAACAGAUCAGCUCCAAUCCAUCACGCAGUAAAGGCUCAAAACAUAAAUAUUUUGCGGUUAUUAUUAGAUUAUGGAGCAGAUAUUAAUGCUAAAAAUAAAGAUGGAGAUACUCCAGUUUGUUUGGUUCUAAAGCAAUCGGAUAGCGCAUAUUUUUCAAGUUCUGAUAUUUUUGAACUGUCUAUCUUUGGCAUAAUACAGAAUAAGAGAAAAUUGGAUAUUCUCCUAGAUAAUGAUGCAGACAUAAAUGAUCUUGAUAUCCUUAACUAUCUCCCACCUAUUCCUCAUUGUGUUAGCAUGCAUUUUUAUGCUAAUAGUCUUCGUGGCAACAGUAUUUCGAAUCACAAAAAAAGCAUUAUUAAACAUAUUGUAAAAUUAAGAAGUCGAAAUGCACAUCUAUCUGAUAACAUUAAGAUGUUCUUGUCUUCUCUUCUUGAAGAAAAACCGAUGGAUGAUUAUAAAAAAAUGUGUGAGCUAGAAAUGUCGAAAAUUAUCACGGAAAAAAUACCAAACUCAGGGCUUUCGCUUCAUAAUAUUUUGAGCAAAAAUAGUAAUUUUUUAGCUGCGUAUGCGAAAAAUAAAAAUCAUGAGACGUUCAUAUUUUCGGAUGAAGUUUCACGACGAUUUCCGAUUUAUGAAUCGGCGAUAAAACUUCGAUUUUCGAAAGGAUUAGCAAGGAAAAGUUUACUGGAACAAAGUACUAAAAUUUUUCAUGAUCUUUUUCCAGUUGCGUCUACAUUGUUGUCUGUUGCCGUCGAUGAUGUGUUUGAAUGUUUAGAUAAUAAUGAUUUAAAACAUUUUUUGAGCGUGUUCGAGCAAGAUAAUUAA